UUAACAAUCAUGACAAGGACAAAUGCUAGAAACUAUACGAACCAGACGUAUUUCGCUGACUUCCUGAAACUGUAAAUAAGUCAGGAUUUUGUUGAAAACUUCUUUAGCAUGACUAGUUAAAAAUGACGGCCACUGGAAUCACUGUUGAUGGUUCCCGAGAAAAAGCUCUCACUGAUUAUAGAAAAAAGCUUACUGAGCAUAAAGAAAUAGAAGACAAACUCAAGCAAUCUCGUGAAGAAUUGAAAGAACUUACAAAACAAUAUGAUAAAUCCGAGAAUGAUUUAAAAGCUCUUCAGAGUGUUGGACAGAUUGUUGGUGAAGUACUGAAACAACUUACGGAGGAGAAAUUUAUUGUUAAAGCUACCAAUGGACCUCGAUAUGUCGUUGGAUGCCGAAGACAGCUUGACAAAUCCAAGCUGAGACCAGGCACUCGGGUAGCUUUGGAUAUGACUACCCUAACUAUAAUGAGAUACCUACCAAGAGAAGUGGAUCCUUUGGUUUACAAUAUGUCGGUCGAAGAUCCUGGCCAAGUUAGUUAUAAUCAAAUUGGUGGGCUUGGAGAACAGAUCAGAGAACUCAGAGAAGUUAUUGAGCUACCUCUGAUGAAUCCUGAACUUUUCCAACGUGUUGGAAUAACCCCACCUAAAGGCUGUCUGCUCUAUGGACCACCUGGCACAGGCAAGACCUUAUUAGCUCGGGCAGUUGCAAGCCAGUUGGAUGCAAAUUUUCUUAAGGUUGUUUCCAGUGCAAUUGUUGAUAAAUACAUUGGUGAGAGCGCACGUCUGAUUCGUGAGAUGUUUGCAUAUGCCCGGGACCAUGAACCAUGCAUUCUGUUCAUGGAUGAAAUUGAUGCUAUUGGCGGCAGACGUUUUUCAGAAGGUACAUCAGCUGAUAGAGAAAUCCAGAGAACUUUGAUGGAGCUGUUGAAUCAAAUGGAUGGUUUUGAUGCCCUCGGUCAAGUGAAAAUCAUUAUGGCCACUAACAGACCAGAUACUUUAGAUCCAGCUCUGCUACGUCCUGGACGUUUGGACAGAAAAAUUGAAAUUCCCUUACCAAAUGAACAAGCUCGACUUGAAAUUCUUAAAAUUCAUGCGCAGCCUAUUGCAAAACAUGGAGAAAUCGAUUGGGAAGCUAUUGUAAAACUGUCUGAUGAUUUUAAUGGAGCAGAUUUAAGGAAUGUCUGCACGGAAGCAGGUAUGUGUACCAUAAGGGCCGAACGAGAAUAUGUUAUUGAAGAAGACUUUAUGAAAGCUGUACGAAAAGUGGCUGACAACAAGAUUCUAGAAUCCAAGUUGGACUACAAACCAAUUUAAAUUUCAGGCCGUAUUCUAACAACAAUUGUCUACAACUCAAAGUUUUUACAUCUCUUGAGAAUAUAGUAGUUGUGCAUUUUAUGUUCUUUUCCUUUCUUUAAAAUAAAUAUAUUUCUUUU